GUGAGUAUGGAAAGGGGUGGAGGCUCUGGAAAUGCGUCACUAGUACACAGGUUGUGCCAAACAUUUCUCUGCACUGACUGGUGGCACUCGCAACAAGGCAAGGUCUUGAUAAUUAAUGAGUGAACAAAAAAAAUCAGAGCCUCUAUGCAAAUGAGGAGCCUUUAUAGACCUUGGAUGAGCUUUUUGGAUAACGAUUCGCUGCAAACUUGUGACUGAUCAGCUUAACAUAUGUGGAUAAAGAGUUAAGCGUGUUUUGCAUUUCAAACUUCAAGUAUCUGACAGCAAUCACAUCUUCAUUACUUUGCUGAAUGAGGAAACGGAUACUGAACAUUUGUAGGCUAUUGGAAUUUACCACGAUUGACCAAACUCAUCCAUUCAUUAUUCCCCCCUGCAUUUUUAAGACGCACACCUCAACCGAUUGAUCCGGGAGUGAUACAGCAAGAUUAGACUACCGCAUUCAUUCCAAUAUUUAAAAAAAAACUCUGUUCAGUGCCACAUCGCCAUGUCAAGCGAUACGUCGGAUCAGAGUAGGCGGUUCUGUGUGCUGUCUUGGGAUCAGGUACGUCGUUUGAACUCAAUUCUCAGAGAAGCAAUCCCGAUUCACGGCCGCGGAAAUUUCCCUACACUCUCUCUACAACCCCGGCAGAUCGUUCAGGUGGUGCGGGCGCGGCUGGAGGAGAGGGGCGUGUCAGUACAAGACGUGCGGCUGAACGGCUCUGCAGCCAGCCAUGUGCUCUACCAGGACACUGGCAUGGGCUACAAGGACCUGGACCUGAUCUUCGGUGUGUCUCUGAAGGACGACCAGGCUUUCCGGCUAGUCAAGGACGUGGUAAUGGACUGCCUAUUGGACUUCCUACCAGCGGGGGUCAGAAAGGAGCGCAUCUCGCCGCUGACCCUUAAAGAGGCCUACGUGCAGAAACUGGUGAAAGUAUGCAACGACACAGACCGCUGGAGCCUCAUCUCACUGUCCAACAACACGGGCAAGAAUGUGGAGCUCAAGUUCGUGGACUCUCUCAGGCGGCAGUUUGAAUUCAGCGUGGACUCCUUCCAGAUUGGCUUGGACUCGCUGCUGCAGUUUGACCACUGCUCAGAGACUGCCAUGUCUGAGAGCUUCCACCCCACCGUGAUUGGGGAGAGUGUGUAUGGGGACUUUGAGGGUGCCAUGGGUCAUCUGUGUCAGCGGAUCAUUGCCACGCGCAGCCCCGAGGAGAUCCGAGGCGGGGGGCUACUUAAGUACUGCCACUUGCUGGCGCAGGGGUUCAGGCCCAUCUGUGAAACAGAGAUGAAGGCUCUGCAGCGCUACAUGUGCUCACGCUUCUUCAUCGACUUCUCUGACAUCUGCGAGCAGCAGCGUAAGCUGGAGGCCUACCUGCAGAACCACUUUGCUGGCAUGGAGCACAAGCGCUAUGAAUGCCUGAUGACUCUGCACCAGGUGGUGAAUGAAAGCACUGUGUGUCUGAUGGGCCAUGAGCGGCGCCAGACGCUCAGCCUCAUCUCUAUGUUGGCGCUACAGGUGCUGGCUGAGCAGAACGCCAUCCCCACGGUGACCAACGUCACCUGCUUCUACCAGCCCGCACCCUACGUGCGUGACAUCAACUUCAGCAAUUACUACAUAGCACAUGUGCAGCCACAGCCACCGCUAGUUCACUACAGUAACUCUCACCAUACUUGGCUGCACUGUAACUGAGCUAACAAGCAUGUGCAGGGCAGAGGUGGAUGUGGAUGUGGCAUCCAAUGUUUCUCUCCAUUGGGUUGGAGCUGCGGAAUGGCAGCAUUGCUCUUUCUCUUUCAAAUAAAUAAAUAAACUAAGCAAAUGGAAUUGUGACUUGACUGAAACGAUCCUUUACUGCUGUAUGAUUUUAGCCAAUCUUCUCUCAACAAUUGUAUUUCUCCUCACACAACGUUUUUUGACGGUUGACGGUCCUUUUCACAUGUAACAAGAAUGUUGAAGUAGUUCCUUAAGUGAGAAAGAAAUCUUAGAUUAAAAAAAAAUAAGAAAAUAAAAACAUUUAUUUUGGAAGAAACAAACUAUGAAGCUUUAUUUUCAGACUGCUGCUUCAGUUGACUUAUUUUUUAAACAACAGUUACAGGACCAAAGAUGUAUUUUGUUCAGAACAGAAGGGAUUAUUGUGAUUCCAAGUGCCUAAAAUGAUCUGAGCAAUUUACAAAAAUGCC